CCUAGGACUCCGAGUCCUUUAGAGACUAUUAAACGAAUUGAUUUUGAUGUUGAUUAUUUUAACCGAAUGUCAAGACGGAUUCAAGAUGGCUUUAAAGAUGACAUUGACAGGGAUGGAAAAUAUUACAAUUCUUACAUUUAUAUUUACUAUGCUAAAUGUUAUACUGUAUAAAAUCAAUAUUAUUGUGGCAAAUUGGUAAACAAUCUUGUUAUUUAAGACUUCACUUAAGUAUUGUUUAACUUAUUAGAUGAUACGAUUUGCAUUGCCUGUAUAAUUACCUAUUUGUUGAACCAAAAGAUAUCAGAGUUGAAAACGCAAAAGAAAGAGAGAGAGAGAAAAAUGCAUUGUUUGUUUCUAUCGUUUGCUCGUAUGUGUUUUUGGAUUAACUUGUUCCAUGUGUUUCUAUUGUAUCAAUUCAUGUAGACCUAGGUCUUUUUAAGCAUUUUGUUACUUAUUUAUGACAGACUCAGGUCUUACUAGUUCAAUUUCACGAUUAAAUAAGAAUUGACAUCGUAAAUGGUUUCUAGGUUUAUUCCAUCUUCUGAUGUGUUUUGUAUUUCCCUUCACCAACUCUUGCUAAUUUUCAUGCUUUAUCCCUUUUAUUUGGCCAAUUAUUUACUCAUCAUCAUUGUAUUUAUGAAUUUGUUAAAUAGUGGUAUUUGUUGAAAGUAUUAUGAAAACAGUUAAAGGUAAAGAAUUGGAUUUGUCUGGUUUCAAACAUCCUUCAACUUGUAUACAAUGGGUUAUUGAAAACUCUACUAACCUGGUAGUCAUCAAGUCUUUGGCUUUAGCUUUCUAUCCCAAAGGAUUGGAUACCGAAAUCUUGUCUAACCAACACACUAGUCGAGUGAUUCAGCUUUUAUUGGAAGCUUCGCUAAAGAUUCUCUCAAAUGAGUAUACUUUUGGUGGCCAUAGACCAGAAACACCGACUCGCCAUGGUAAAUGGACGGAACAAUUUAUAUGUGCUUUCUCUCAGUUUGUUAUCAUUAACAUGGACACCAUUUUAUCGGAUGGCAAUGGAACACAUGUUAUGGUAACCGUAAUUGAAGCCUUGGGAGGUGUUCGCAUUGGUCGCCAUUGGUCUAGAAAGACAAUUGGCUUUGCUCUUAAAUCGUCCAUUAUCACGGAACUUGAAAAGGACAAUGUAAUCAAAGAAAUACCUCCUUCUUUUACCCGAUUGAUGAUAAAAAUUGCCAAAAAAUUGAUAAUCCGUCGUCCAGAUCGUGAUUUAAAAGAGAUUAUUCUUGGUCGAGGUACAGCUUUGAUUCAAAAUUUACUCUUUAUCCUCAUGGUUAGACUACCCGAGGUUUGUGAGAUUACGGUUAAACGUUUGGUUUACAUAAUUUUUUCCUCCGAGGAAAACAAAUUUGCCAUUACCACCAAUUCAGCCUCAGCAUAUCUUGUGGAAGCCAUUAUGCUUGUUUGCUCACAACGUCGUCUAACACAAUUAUGGCAUAGAUACCUUAAAGGUAAACUAAUGGAAAUGUGGAAAGACGAUAUUGCCAAUUUUGUUGUUCAACGGUUAAUUGACGCUGUUCAAGAUAUAGACUUGUUUAAAUAUAUUUGUGAUGAAGUAUUUCCUGAACUUGGAAACGUAUUCGCAUACAAUCGAGCUGGAAUUGGAGUUUGCCUUGCCAAAGCGUGUUUACGAUUCAAAUCAAUGCAAGAACCAUUUGUUAAUGCUCUGAUAACAGCAUUCAAUUGUGAGGCUCGUCAAAUUCACUUGGUACCUGCAAUGCUUUUCGGUGAAUUAAAACAUCGCCGUUCUCUCUGGCUCCAUGGAUCUUUAAUGCUUCAAUAUAUAUUUCGUUUUGAAGAUCCCUGCAGAGUAUCCAGAAGUCUUAUAUCAUUGGAACCUCAUCGUCUGGUUGAAAUAUGCUCUGAUAAAAGUGGAAGUCAUGUAAUUGACUGUUUUCUUAAAUCAGAUAAUGUACCAGAAAAAUUCAAAGCCCAAUUUAAAGAAAAAAUGAGAUCCUGUUCAAUCAACUCUGUUACCGAUGAAGACAAGGAAGAAGAUUCUUACAACAAUCGGAAAACAAAAGGAAACCGUGUACAUAAACAAAGACCAAGAACCGGGCGAAGAGCACCUUUACCUUAUGAACGAAGGGAUAGAAGCCCAAUCACCCACAAAGGAAGGGAUAUCAUUUUCCACCGUCGAUGUAACACCGCUGAUAGAGAUGGGUAUCAGGCUUCAUACUCAGCUAGACGAACAACUAUUUACCGAAUUGGUGAAAAGCGAAGUUUAAGUCGAUCACCGUCUAUACCAAGAGCCAGAAUUAUACGAAUAAACUGAUUAUCUGUGAAGCUCCGAAUUAUUCUGUUACUCCAAAAUUUCUUCAAUGUUUCUGUAGUUUAGCUGUUAUCACGUUUGCUUCCCAUGCAAAAGGAAUUCCAAUUCGAACUCGAGCCAAUCACUCGUCGAUUCUCUGCUCAUUUUCAACAAUUAAUCUAAUUUUUUCUCCCAAAAC